GAAGCGUGGUCAGCAGCAGAUCCGAUUUGUACGCUGAUUUUUUCAGUAAUCGUUCUCUGUACUACAAUAUAUAUAGUUCGAGAUGCAAUGGUUGUACUCCUUGAAGGGUCACCGACCAGUAUCAAUUUUCGAUCAGUGUUCGACUCUUUGGAGCAAAUUGAUGGUGUCCAAAAGGUGCACAAUCUACGGAUCUGGUCACUGACACUAAACAAAAUAGCAAUCAGUGUACAUCUGGAAAUAAUACCCGGUGCAAACGCACAGCGAAUUUUAAAGCAAACAACCAAAAUGCUCCGCGACAGAUACAGUGUUCGAGAGAGCACUGUGCAAAUUGAGGGCUAUAAUCCGGAGAAACAGGACUGCCACCAGUGUUUACCGCCCGCUUGA